ACCAUGCGGCGGCGCUACGAGGACGACGGCAUCUCAGAUGACGAAAUUGAAGGGAAGAGGACCUUUGACUUGGAAGAGAAGCUCCACACCAACAAAUACAAUGCCAAUUUUGUUACUUUCAUGGAAGGAAAAGAUUUUAAUGUAGAAUAUAUCCAGCGGGGUGGCUUGAGAGAUCCUUUGAUUUUCAAGAAUUCUGAUGGCCUUGGAAUAAAGAUGCCAGACCCAGACUUCACCGUGAAUGACGUCAAAAUGUGCGUAGGGAGUCGUCGCAUGGUGGAUGUCAUGGAUGUGAACACACAGAAAGGCAUUGAAAUGACCAUGGCUCAGUGGACACGCUACUAUGAGACCCCAGAGGAGGAGAGAGAGAAGCUCUAUAAUGUCAUCAGCCUGGAGUUCAGCCAUACCCGGCUGGAGAACAUGGUGCAAAGGCCCUCUACGGUGGAUUUUAUUGACUGGGUAGACAACAUGUGGCCACGGCAUUUGAAGGAGAGUCAGACUGAAUCAACAAAUGCCAUCCUGGAGAUGCAGUAUCCGAAAGUGCAGAAGUACUGUCUAAUGAGUGUUCGAGGCUGCUAUACUGACUUCCAUGUGGACUUUGGUGGUACCUCUGUUUGGUAUCACAUCCAUCAAGGGGGAAAGGUCUUCUGGCUCAUCCCCCCUACAGCCCACAACCUGGAGCUGUACGAGAAUUGGCUGCUGUCAGGGAAACAGGGAGACAUCUUUCUGGGUGACCGAGUGUCAGAUUGCCAGCGCAUUGAGCUCAAGCAGGGUUAUACCUUCGUCAUUCCCUCAGAUGCCAACCUCGGUUUCCAGGUUCCGAAUAAGUUCCGCUAUCCAUUCUACUAUGAAAUGUGCUGGUACGUGUUGGAGCGCUACGUAUACUGCAUAACCAACCGCUCCCAUCUAACUAAGGAAUUUCAGAAAGAGUCCCUUAGCAUGGAUUUGGAGUUAAAUGGGUUGGAGUCCGGAAAUGGGGAUGAGGACAUAGUGGAUCGAGAACCGCGGCGCUUGAGCAGUAGGCGUUCUGUCCUCACUAGCCCUGUAGCCAAUGGGGUCAACCUGGAUUAUGAUGGACUGGGCAAAGCCUGCCGAAGUCUUCCAAGUCUGAAGAAAACCUUGUCUGGUGACUCAUCCUCUGACUCUAGCCGGGGUUCCCACAAUGGCCAAGUGUGGGAUCCCCAGUGUAGCCCCCGAAAGGACAGGCAGGUACAUCUGACCCACUUUGAGCUUGAAGGCCUUCGCUGCCUUGUAGAUAAGUUGGAGUCUCUGCCUCUGCACAAGAAGUGUGUCCCUACAGGGAUAGAAGACGAAGACGCCCUCAUUGCGGACGUAAAGAUUUUGCUGGAGGAGCUUGCCAACAGUGACCCCAAGUUAGCCCUCACUGGAGUCCCUAUAGUACAGUGGCCGAAAAGGGAUAAGCUUAAAUUCCCCUCUAGGCCAAAGGUGCGGGUUCCUACCAUCCCCAUCACAAAGCCUCACACUAUGAAACCAGCUCCACGGUUAACACCUGUGAGGCCGGCUGCUGCCUCUCCCAUCGUGUCAGGAGCUAGACGGCGACGAGUGCGGUGUCGAAAAUGCAAAGCCUGCGUCCAGGGGGAAUGUGGUGUCUGCCACUACUGCAGGGACAUGAAGAAGUUUGGGGGGCCCGGGCGCAUGAAGCAGUCCUGUGUCCUCCGGCAGUGCUUGGCACCUAGGCUGCCUCACUCAGUCACGUGUUCCCUCUGUGGCGAGGUAGAUCAGAAUGAGGAGACACAGGACUUCGAGAAGAAGCUCAUGGAAUGCUGUAUCUGCAACGAGAUAGUCCAUCCGGGCUGCCUCCAGAUGGAUGGAGAGGGGUUGCUUAACGAGGAAUUGCCAAAUUGCUGGGAGUGUCCAAAGUGCUACCAGGAGGACAACUCGGAGAAAGCUCAGAAGCGGAAGAUGGAAGAGAGUGAUGACGAAGCCGUGCAAGCCAAAGUCCUGCGGCCCCUGCGGAGCUGCGACGAGCCCCUCACGCCCCCGCCCCACUCACCCACCUCCAUGCUGCAGCUCAUCCAUGACCCGGUCUCCCCCCGGGGUAUGGUGACUCGGUCAUCGCCUGGGGCUGGCCCCAGCGACCACCACAGCGCCAGCCGUGAUGAGCGCUUCAAACGGCGGCAGUUGCUGCGGCUGCAGGCCACAGAGCGCACCAUGGUACGGGAAAAGGAGAACAAUCCCAGCGGCAAAAAGGAGCUGUCUGAAGUUGAGAAAGCCAAGAUCCGGGGAUCGUACCUCACUGUCACGCUGCAGAGGCCCACCAAAGAGCUCCACGGGACAUCCAUUGUGCCCAAGCUGCAGGCCAUCACGGCCGCCUCUGGCAACCUUCGCCACUCCCCCCGUGUGCUAGUGCAGCACUGCCCAGCCCGAGCCCCCCAGCGUGGGGACGAGGAGGGGCUGGGGGGGGAGGAGGAGGACGAGGAGGAGGCGGAGGAGGACGAGGACAGUGCAGAGGAGGGGGGUGCGGCCAGGCUGAACGGCCGGGGCAGUCGGGCUCAGGACGGAGACGAGAGCUGGAUGCAGCGGGAGGUCUGGAUGUCUGUCUUCCGCUACCUCAGCCGCAGAGAACUUUGUGAAUGUAUGCGCGUGUGCAAGACGUGGUAUAAAUGGUGCUGUGACAAGAGACUUUGGACAAAAAUUGACUUGAGCAGGUGUAAGGCUAUCGUACCCCAGGCUCUCAGUGGCAUCAUCAAGAGGCAGCCAGUCAGCCUUGACCUCAGUUGGACCAACAUCUCCAAAAAGCAACUGACGUGGCUUGUCAACAGGCUACCAGGACUGAAAGACCUCCUUCUGGCGGGCUGCUCCUGGUCUGCCGUCUCAGCCCUUAGCACCUCCAGCUGCCCCCUUCUCAGGACCCUGGAUCUUCGGUGGGCAGUAGGAAUCAAGGACCCUCAGAUUCGAGAUUUGCUAACUCCACCAGCUGAUAAACCAGGUCAGGACAAUCGCAGCAAGCUCCGGAACAUGACCGACUUCCGGCUGGCAGGCCUUGACAUCACGGACGCCACACUUCGCCUCAUCAUCCGUCACAUGCCCCUCCUGUCUCGACUCGACCUCAGUCACUGCAGCCACCUUACAGACCAGUCCUCCAAUCUGCUCACCGCCGUCGGGUCUUCCACACGCUACUCCCUCACGGAGCUCAACAUGGCAGGUUGCAAUAAAUUGACAGACCAGACCCUGAUCUACCUGCGGCGCAUUGCCAACGUCACCUUGAUUGACCUUCGAGGAUGCAAGCAGAUUACUCGGAAAGCCUGUGAGCACUUCAUCUCAGACUUGUCCAUCAAUAGCCUCUACUGCCUGUCUGACGAGAAGCUGAUCCAGAAGAUCAGCUAA